AUGGUAUCUUUCAAACCACAUGAAUGUGUUUACUAUAUUCAUGGAGUUACAGUUUUCACUCUCACAACACCUGAUCAUGAUCCAACAACUUCCACCAUUCAUUCACACGUGUUAAUUAUUCCAAUCCCCCCCCCGCAGCAAAUCCUGCGUCACUCGCGGGCCAACGCCACCAAGGUGAUCUUCCUGAUAACGGACGGCUACUCCAACGGGGGCGACCCUCGCCCGGUGGCGGCCGCUCUGAGGGAGCAGGGGGUGGAGAUUUACACCUUGGGGAUCUGGCAGGGGAACAUCCGUGAGCUCAAUGACAUGGCCUCGCAUCCCAAGGACCAGCACUGCUACCUGGUACACAACUUCGCCGAGUUUGAGGCCCUGGCUCGCCGUGCGCUGCAUGAAGACCUGCCGACAGGAAGUUACAUCCAGGAGGACCUAUCCCGCUGCUCGUCUCUGUGCGAGGCAGGUUCAGACUGCUGUGACAUCAUGGCCAGCUGCAAGUGUGGCACCCACACGGGCCAGUACGACUGUAUCUGUGAGAAGGGCCACUACGGCAAGGGGCUGCAGCAAGAGUGCACAGCGUGCCCGCCUGGCACCUACAAACCAGAGGGUACACCUGGAGGCCUGGGUACCUGCCUGCCCUGCCCCGACCAGCACCACACCUCCCAGCCCAGCAGCACCUCACGCAGCGACUGUGUCUGCAAGCAGGGCUACAGGCCCCAAGGGAAGACCUGUGAAGUGGUGUACUGCCCUGAGCUGUCUCCUCCAGAGAAUGGUUUCUUCAUCCAGAACGUGUGUAAUAACCAGUUCAACGCUGCCUGUGGGGUACGAUGCCAGCCUGGCUACGACCUGCAGGGCAGCGGCAUCAGACUGUGCCAGCCAGACGGGACGUGGUCAGGCUCUCCGCCCAGCUGCAGAGUGCGCUCCUGUCCCGCCCUGUCCCGGCCCCAGCAUGGACACAUGAACUGCAGCGAGGGUGGCACCUCCUACAGGGCGGAGUGUGAGAUCCGCUGUGCAGAGGGCUACAGGCUGGAGGGAGACGCCAGGCUCAGCUGUCAGGCCGACUCACUGUGGAGCGGGAUCCAACCACGGUGUGUGGAGGUGCGUUGUCCCCCCAUGGUGACUCUGAGGAACGUCCUGCGGUCGCCCCCUGCCUGUGGAAAGAGGGAAGUGAAGCCUGGCACCAUGUGCCGCCUCGCCUGUCGCCACGGUUACAGUCUCCAGGGAGACGUGGACGCACGCUGUCUCUCCUCUGGGGACUGGAGCACUAACGUCCACAAAACCACCUGCACAGAUUCAGAGCGUCCGUGGAUCCAGUGCCCCAGAGACGUGGUGGCAGAGACGGACGAGCGGCGUGGCACUGCCAACAUCAGCUGGAAGGUGCCCACUGCUACUGACAACUCUGGGGAGGAGGUCCUGGUUCAGGUGAAGCCUGUGUACACCCCUCCCCAGCUGUUCCCUAUAGGAGAGGAGAAGAUAAUCUAUACAGCGACAGACCGUGCUGGGAACCAGGCUAACUGCACCUUCACUGUCACUGUCAUAGAUACGGAGCCCCCUGUGAUUGACAGGUGCAGGUCACCGCCCACUUUCCAGGCCACAGACACGCAGGCGGCCGUCGCCUGGGAGGUGCCACAGUUUUCCGACAACUCAG